UUUUCUUUAACACAUAUAAAUUUCCUUUCCAAAGAAGUAGUCACACAAAUCGAAGUUAAACUCGGAUUGUAUUGUUUGUUCUUACAACAUUUUGUCGAAUUCGAAUAAAAGACGAAAGAUGAAAGUGUUCUUAAUUGCAGCAUUUUCAUUCCUGGCUGUAUUUGGAGUUGUACAAUCAUUUACUCCCUAUGAAAUACAAGACGCGAUGUGCUCAAUACCCGACAAAUAUCUAUUCAGAUUCCUAAAUUGCACUAUUAGUCGUGCCCCAAAAAUCUUUCAAAAGGCAGUCGAUAUCGUACAUGAAUGCGUAGAUACAGUUUAUGAAGUCGAUGAAAAAUUGGAUUCCGUUUUAUUGUAUACUUGUAACAUUAAUGUACUCUUAGACAAGAAUAUUGGCGGAUGUUUGCGGGAAAAAACCGAGGGUCUAGACAAUCCAGACCGACAAGAUAUGUCAUCAUUGAAAGAAACUGCCGUAAAUUGUAUGAUUUAUGCGUGAAUCAUAUACUCUCGUGUGAUUAUAAUGUCUAACAUUCGUACAAUUGUACUUUUUGUACCCGUACAGUUAAAGAAUUAAAUUGAUUAUGA